UAAACAUAACCUCACUAAAACACAGCUGAGCUGAUGCCGGAACCAUUGGCCAGAACAACAAAAAGUAUGUCAUCUAAUCUGAGCGAAAUUAUCGGCAGAUUAAAAUUUGCAUACAAAAUUCCACGAAAUUGCUAAUCUUUCGACCUUCAAAAAUUGCAUUAUCUCAAACUACAUGCAGUUUUAUAGUAGUGUAAAGAAAAAUGACUAGAAUAUCAAAGGAAGUAAACCUAAAAAGGGUAUGUGUUGCCCAAAAAGGCAACAAACAUUACUAUCCCAAAACUGUUCCUCGUAAACGAGAAUCUAUGAAUUACAUACACGCUGCUAUUUUGUUAAUUAUCAUAAUAAUACAUUUUGGCUUGACUGAAGAUUGGAUUCAACUAUUUGGACUUUAUUCCUUCGUUAUUGUCUUUUACUACUCAAUUUGCUGUGUUUACCGUUUAAUUUUAUUCAUAUACGAAUUAAGGCACAGCAAUUCGCGUUACAAGAAUAACUACCAAUGGAUUUUAAAGGCGGCCUUCUAUUUUCGGCCAAUAGCAAUAAUAUUUUUGAUUGUUCAUACUUUUUAUUUGACUUUUUAUGUAACAAGGCACGGAUUUCCAAAGUUGCAAAAUGACUAUUGGCUGUUGUUUGUGCCUUUUUUGUUUAUUUUGCAUAGAUUUACAGCUUUGGAAGAUUUCCCAAUAAAUGACUCUCUAAACAUAUCAAAAGACAAAGGUUUAGAUUACGGUUCUGGCAUGGCUUAUUCCUUCUUUUACGGCUAUUUGAAUUACAUGCUGGACAAAGCCGGAGAGCCGAACAAAAACCUAAAAGAAAUGAUGCAAUGCUACGAGUCCCAGCACAAAAUCGAAUUCGAAGUUUACAAAAUUUUCAUUCUGAUUCCUAAAUCUUUAAUUUGCUUUGAAAGCGUUAAUUCUGGAUCUCAUUUGAUGGAUAUGUGUAGUACUUUGCCUGAAAAAAAGAUUACAGUUGCCGGUGUCAGAGAUAGAGUUUAUAAAAAUUCAGUUUACUCUAUUAAACAUCCAGCUUCAAAUAAUGUUUAUUACGUUUGUACUGAAUAUGCAACUCCUUUGAAAACUUUUAAGGAAGUUGUUAAACAUAACACUGCACAUACUGAUUACUACAACAGGCACAAAAAUGAUAUUUUGUUGCAGUUUUAUUUAACUUUGAAGCAGAUUUUAGAACGCAAUAAGAUGGAUUCUAUGUGCGAAUUGGUGUUUUAUGAAGACAGGGAUGGAGAAAAAGCGCAUCAUGACGUAGGAAGGAUUCUUUUGUCUAAAAUAGCUGAAAUCAAAAAAAGUGAAAAUUCGAAAGAUGUAUAAUAAUUAUUGUAGCUUGUCUGUAGAUUUUACUUAAAAAUACCCAGGGGUGGACUUUAAGUCUUAAAACGGGAAUUAUUCGCCCUUUUUCCAUGACAACUUAUUUCAGUACAAAAAUGAUGACAAUUCAAAUUUUCCUAGGUUGUUUUUAAAUGACCCUCUUAAAGCUUCUUACUGCGUCAAUGUGAGAUUUGGAAUUGAAAUUGUAAAAUUGAAAAAUUCCCUGCUUAUUCCUUAAUGAGAUUUUAUAAGUCCAAAUAAGUUGAAAUCAUCAGGGAUUUAGUCCACAUAUAUUGGAACUACUCACCAGCUUAUUAUGGCCCACCCUCUAAAACAACCCUUGACAAUAAAAACCACAAAAAAAAAGUCAAAAUAUUUUUAUUUGCUCAUUAAAAUCUGUUAAUCGAAGUAUAUUUCGGAAAGUGCGGCACCUGUGGAAACCUCUCAUAGUAAGGAUUUGCCUUGGGUUGUUCCACUGUAGCAACUACUUUGCCCAUUACUCCUUCGGCAAACGGCUUACCUUUUUCGUACUCAUCAAACUCAGCAUUUGAAAAGCAACAGCAACAAGUCGUACAAAUGCACUCGUUGAUUUUGCGACAUACGUAAAUACUUUGGUUCAGGUAAGUGUACAGAAACGGAUUCAUAGCACAAUUCAGUAAGUUUAGUGCGGUAAAAGUCAGCGUCAGCCUCCACAUUGCGUCGCUGUUUCUGAUCGGAGUCAGCAUUUUGAGUAGCCAGUACAACCAGUAAGGCAUUCGACAAAAAAUAAAGGCAAAUAUUAGCACAAUGACUAUUUUGAAGGUCCUAAUUUUCCUUUGCAUUUGCAUGUUUUUCUUCUUUUUUACGUUAUUUGUUAUAAUGUUGGGCAAAUCUGAUGGGGCUUUUGUUGACGAAGACACCUCUAACUCUUCGAUUUUUGUUCUGGAACCAACCGGUUUCCUAUGCUUCCAUACCAGAAAGGCAAUUUUAUAAUAAAACGAUAAAAACAUUGUAAUAAGUGGCACAAAAAAUAAUGCAGCAACUAAAACAUAGUAAAAAGUUAUGUCUCCACGAGUGGUACUGGUACCAGUGCACAUGUAAACGUCUUUGCCAUUAGGCAAUCGCAACGGUAUGUGAAAGUAAAAAGUCGCCAUCGGAUACGAAAUGCCGAGGCACAAACCCCAGGAAAGCAGUACCCCGACGAUGCAUUUCCACAAUUUCGGGUUCCAGGCUUUGUUCAGUGCGUAAAUGACGUUGUGGUACCGGUCUAGUGCUAUCACAAGAAGCGCUAGAGAGCUGAGCAGGUUUCCUAAAACUUGUCCUACUGGAUUGUACCAGCAUAGAAAUUCACCUGAAGACUAUAAAACAACAAUAAUUUGUUUAUUAUUAUAGUUUAUUUAUUCUUACCCAAACAAAAUUCAAUGGUUUGCCUAAUAAAUCUAGAUAGUUGAUGCAAAAUGUUACUACUGUUAAAAUGUCAGAGAUUGCCAGCGAAAUUAUACAAGUUUUUUGUAAGUAUUUGUAUUUCCUAUAUAAAUAAACAAUAUUAUUGAUUAUUUUUUUUUAAUAAAUACAUUACUUACCUUAUUAAAACUGACCGUACAACAAACAAAUUAGCAACAAUAGCAACAACCGAAAUAAUAAGCAAAAGCCAAUAGUAAAAAGUGAUGUCUAUGUAAAUCACUUUGAAGAAACUCUCCGACGGUGCAUCUCGACGUUUCGAAUCGUCAAUCUGCAAAUAUCCAGCCGAAAAAUAAUUAAGCUAGAAAAUUAAAAAAUAAUUACCCUCGAUCCGCCUGAGCCCAUACUUGCUAUUAACUGAUAAUUGAUUAAUUAUUGCAGAAAAUAAUAAUAAUCGCGUUGAUAAGCUUUCAUGCGCCAGUAAUUGUUAAUGUAAUAGAUUAUUAUUUU